GGCAAAUCUGCCGCUGUGUUAAUCUCGCGCCAGUCGUUCACAGACCGCACACCGGUCGUCAUCGUUAUGGGGCGUUCCUUAAAAAAGUUUACCGCGUACGCGCGCCCUUUCUCCAUAGCACACGCCCGUCAAGCGACGACAGGAUGCCCCUUUUCAAAACGCCAGCGAUCCCAAAUAGCACCCACCGCCUCUCUGACCGAUGAAGUGUUUGCCAACGCUAAACCCUAUUCCGAAGUCCCUGGUCCCAAGCCCAUUCCCCUCCUUGGAAAUACGUGGCGAAUGGUCCCUGUAAUCGGCCAGUUCGAUAUAUCAGAAUUCGCUAAAGUGACCAAACUGUUUCUCGAGAGAUAUGGUAGGAUUGUGCGCCUUGGCGGCUUGAUUGGGAGGCCAGAUCUGCUGUUCGUGUACGAUGCUGAUGAAAUUGAGAGGAUGUACCGAAGAGAGGGGCCCACCCCCUUCAGGCCAGCUAUGCCGUGUCUUGUGAAAUAUAAGUCGGAAGUAAGAAAGGAUUUCUUUGGAGAUUUACCUGGAGUUGUGGGGGUUCACGGUGAGCAAUGGAGAACCUUCCGUUCCAAAGUACAAAGGCCGAUCCUACAGCCUCAGACCGUGAAGAAAUACGUGGCACCCAUCGAGAUGGUUACAGAGGACUUUAUCAAGUACAUGGAAGACGCAAGGGAUGAAAACGGCGACCUGCCGAAGGAAUUCGAUAAUGAUAUACACAAGUGGUCUCUUGAAUGUAUUGGCCGUGUAGCUCUAGACGUGCGGCUAGGUUGCCUGCGCCGUGACCUAAGCAACAACUCUGAACCCCAACGCAUCAUAGACGCAGCUAAAUACGCGCUACGGAAUGUAGCCGUGCUGGAAUUGAAGGCACCCUAUUGGAGAUACAUACCCACUCCGCUGUGGACGAAAUACGUGAAUAAUAUGAACUUCUUUGUUGAGCUGUGCUCACAUUAUAUUAACGAGGCGCUAGAGCGUUUGAAAACCAAGAAAGUGACGUCAGAGAAUGACUUGUCUCUACUCGAACGGGUUCUGAAGAGCGAAGGAGACCCCAAGAUAGCUACCAUCAUGGCCCUUGACCUGAUACUCGUCGGCAUUGAUACGAUCUCAAUGGCAGUGUGUUCGAUCCUCUACCAAGCGGCCACAAGAUUGAAGCAACAAGAGAAGAUGGCGGAAGAGAUCAGAAGAGUUUUGCCCGAUCCUACUAAACCUCUCACCUACUCUGACCUUGACAAAUUGCAUUACACUAAGGCGUUCGUAAGAGAAGUUUUUAGGAUGUAUUCAACAGUUAUCGGCAAUGGAAGAACGUUGCAAGAAGAUGAUGUCAUUUGUGGCUAUCACAUACCGAAAGGCGUCCAAGUCGUAUUCCCGACCAUCGUGACCGGUAAUAUGGAGCAAUUCGUCUCAAAUCCUGAAGAGUUCAGGCCAGAGAGGUGGCUGGAGGGAAAUGGCCGUUUGCACUCAUUUGCCUCUUUGCCCUAUGGUUUUGGGGCAAGGAUAUGCCUGGGCAGGCGGUUUGCUGAUUUGGAGAUACAAGUGCUGUUGGCUAAGUUAUUACGCCGCUACAGAUUAGAAUACCACCACGAGCCACUUGAAUACGCGGUGACAUUCAUGUACGCGCCGGACGGGCCUCUGCGCCUGCGUAUGAUCGAACGAUAGAACGCUUUUUGAAAUGUUGAAUUUAGAAUAAGAUAUUUUUAUUUCAAAUUAUGAAUAUAUGUUUAAUGACAUAUUGAAUUUGUUUAAAAAAAAAUAUUAUGGUGAAAUGUCAACCUGCCUGCCUAUCGUUCGAAUAAGUUUUUUUUUAAAGAAUAUAUAUAUAUAAUGUAUAUGCCCAGACUUGAUAUUUUUUUUAUGUUGCAAUAAAAUGUAAUUAAUAGUAAAAGAUUAUAUCCACAUUAUAAAGCAUAUACGACAUUAAAUUGUUAUUAACAUGUG